GAUUGGUCAGUCCUCUUUCUUUAAAGCGCCAUCAGCUGAUUUUUACCUCUGAUGUUAUUUUUACUGCAACCAGAGGCGCGUGGAUGGUAAUCUUACUCAAAUAACACCUCUGUUGUCAAAACCAGCAGCAGACUGAGAAGGUUGCCAUGGCACCGACUAAGCAUGACCAAAAACCAGAACCAGGAGACCUCAUUGAGAUCUUCAGAGGCGGAUACCAACACUGGGCUAUUUAUAUUGGCGAUGGUUUUGUGAUUCACCUUGCCCCACCUUCUGAGCAUGCUGAUGCUGGGGCUUACAGUAUGAUGUCAGUACUCUGUGACAAAGCCAUAGUGAAGAAGGAGGAACUCUGGACUGUAGUUGGCAAUGAUGAGUACCGUAUCAACAAUCUUCUGGAUAAUAAAUAUGAACCUCGACCUAUCGGAGAGAUCAUACGGGAGGCACGGAAGUUUCUGGCAAAGGAACUUCCAUAUUGUGUGUUUAGAGGGAAUUGUGAGCACUUUGUCACAGAGCUAAGAUACGGAAAGCCAGAGUCUCGCCAGGUGCGACAAGCAGUGAAUAUAGGUGUUGGAGUUGGUGUCAUGGCAAUGGUUGGCAUUGGAGCUUUGGCUUUUGCUUCAGCAAUUCUUGGUUCAAGAGACAAAGAGCAGCAAACAAAACGAAUGAAAAAAUAAACUGAAUUUGGAAGGCUUGACUGUGCUUUCAAUGUCAGUCAUUUUUUCAAUCCAUGUAUUUUAUGGAAAACUUGAAUAUUAAAAAAAUAUAUAUUUCACGAAGUAGAAGUCUUAAAGGUGCAGUGUGUAAAUUUUAGCGGCAUCUAGUGGUGAGGUUGCAAAUUGCAACCAAUGGCUCAGUUCACUGCUCACCCCUCGCUUUUGAAACGCAUAGAGAAGCUACGGUUGCCGCCACCGAACAAACAUGUCAUCUUCGGAGACAACUUAGUAAAAAAGUUUGUCCGUUAAGGGCUUCUGUAGAAACAUGGUGGCACAAAAUGGCGACUUUCAUGUAAGGGGACCCUCGGGAUGUAGAUAAAAAAACGUCUCAUUUUAAGGUAAUAAAAACAUAACGGUUCAUUAUGAAAGGUCUUUAUACACCCCUGAUAAUAUAGUUUUGUAUAUUAUUUUGCAUUUCUGUCAAGAGAUUCUUCUAAAUAUUACACACUGCACCUUUACAUUUUAUGAGCACAAAUGGAAAUAUUUAUUAUAAAAUGUAACUGAUUACCCGAAGGAUUGCAAGAUUGACAUCUUGUUUGGUAACAGGUAGGGCUGGGCCGAUCCACUUUUUCUAUUACCGAUACGAUUUCGAUACCUGUAUUCUGAGUAUCGACCGAUACCGAUCCCGAUCCAAUACUAGUAUUUUUCUUGAUCCAUUUAGAAUUGUGUGUGUAUAAACACAUAAAUAUAUAUACGCACACAUAUACACACAAAACAUGUUGCACAAAAUCAAGAGAAUAUCAUGUCAAGUGAAUUUUUUUUAUGAGAUACAAGUUAAAGAAUUUAAGUGUUUUUACAAAUUUAAUAAUUGUUUUUGAGUGGACAUACGACUGAGCAAAUAAAAAGUUCAAGUACAUUUUUACAUGAAAGACUUUUUAAUUUAAAAUACGGCUUUUGUGUGUGUGUGUUUGACAUAUUUAAUUCACGCUACUCCAGUGUAUUAACUCGGCGAGCACCAAACCAUUCAGUUUUUGUGACCUUAAAUAUCUUCAUAUUUGCAUUUGUUUUUCGCAUAAGGCUGUUGAAUAUAUUAGGAAGAUUUUGAAUAUAGUGUAUAAUAACAUUUAUGGUGCUUUUAUAAUAGUUUGACUCUUCUGUAGCAUGACAGUAACAACCACAAGUAAUGCACAGUAUCGGAUUUGGAUCGGCCCCGUUUUUUCGAUACCCGAUCCAGCAAAAAAGGUCCGUAUUGACCCGAUAUCCGAUCCAAAGUAUUGGAUCGGCCCACCCCUAGUAACAGGGCAAUACUGUAUUUUUCACAAUUGAUAAAUCUCUUUCUGAAGGAUGUGUUUUAUAAAUAUUUUAAUACUGCACAUUUCCCUGCUGACUUUAUUAAUAACUUUGUAAGCUAUGCUAAUAUACUCCGAUAUGGCUUAUUGUGUGUUUUUCAGUUUUAUAAUCCUAAUUAAACUGAAGUACCUUUUGUGAUGUGA